CAAAAUGGCUGACUAUCAUCUGUCCUUCGCUUGAUCUGCUUGCAUCUGUGAUAGUCGAGGCUCCAUAGAAAAAUAAUAUUGUUCGUUAUCUUCGUCUUUGAUGUAGAAUCUGUGCCCAAUUUUUAGUAUAGCGAUGAACGAAAAUAACACAUUUUACUGUUCGUUCGUAAGCAAUCAUUACAUAGUCUGUGAAUGUGGCGAGGCCUAUGAGAGUGAGGACGCCCUGAGGGAACAUUUGGUCAAAGACCGCUUGAGACACCAACAAUUGAUAGAAAGCAAGGAAUUAUUAGUUCUCAACGAGUACAGAUGUGGGACAUGCGAUGAAAUCUUUGAUACAGAGGAAGAAUGCCUCGAACAUCAGGAGUCGUCUCAUCUGCCUCACCUUAAAGUAGAAGCUAUAAAAGCAGAAAUAAAAGAAGAAAAAGAGGAUAUUGAGGAAUUCAUCCAAGAUGCCGAAGAGAUUGACCUCACCGGGUAUAUGUUUGUCCCGAGGGAACAAUAUAUUAACACAACUUUCCGUAUGCGAAGUCGGCAAAGUAAGAUCAAGAAAGAAGUGGAAUCGCCUCCAAAGUCGAGACAGGUGUACCAUUACAAAAAUGUCAUAUGCGAAGUCUGCGGCAAGAGAUAUGCGUCUAACGCAGCACUUCAGUACCACCAGAGGGUGCAUUCCGGGGUGCGACCUUACCCCUGCAUGUAUUGCCCCAAGAGAUUCACUAUGCGACUAUUCCAACAGAUACAUAUGCGAAUUCACACCGGAGAAAAACCAUAUCAAUGCGAGAACUGCCCCAAGGCUUUCACUAACAAGGCAGCCCUCUUGAGACAUGAAAGGGUACACACUGGAGAAAAACCCUUUGUUUGCCCCAAAUGUGGCAAGGCCUUCUCGCAGUCCAAUUCGAUGAAACUGCACGUGCAUACGGUGCAUUUAAAAAUGCCCGCCCCUUACAAAUCUAAGAAACGGAAAACUAAAGAGGAAAUUAAUAAAGGAAUGAAGGAAGAUGAAAACCCAGUUCAGCUACUUACGUUCACAAAUGAUGAAUUUAAAACCGAAGAAUGUGUCACCACAGACAACGAAGUGUACUACUGCGUCGAGGUGGCAACACUGGACGACUUGAAUAUGAGAUAAAAUAACUGGCAACAUUUCUUGCUCGAUUGACUUAGACUGUGUUUGUUAAUUAUGUGUCCCGUUUCAAGUUUAUUGUAAAAAAAAACGCCCCAAAUUUAUUUGAAACAUUAAAUUAUUUUUAAAAGCUUUA